AUGCAGUCUUCUACUCUUGGCGAUACCUACGCUGCAUACAAAGCGAGCACGACGGAAUUUACGACGUGGUUGACAGGCGAGGCAAAAGCCAGAGGCUAUAGAUCGCCGAACAUAACAUCUCAAACCACUACAAUCUCAUGUGUCGAGCUUCUCAAGCGAGUCGAUUUCAUAGUCUGCGACUCAUCGGCGAAACUUUCUGUGCCGAUUUCGAUACAGAAUGUCCUCCAGCUUGCGAUAAGAGCUCGACGAAAAUGCAGUGCCUGGUUUGAGGCUAUGUCAGACAUGGCAACUGAAGUUUCGGAAGCUGAGAAGCAAGAGACUACAAGAGAUGGACACCUUCAUUUUAUCGAAGUUCUAGAGAAAGCAUUAGAACACUUAACGCCAUUCUUCGGAGAGCCCCCCAAGCGAAAACGAACCAAAGCCAAAAAGGAAGCAAAGCAGUUAAGUUCGACCACGAGUUCAGGAUGUGACACAGGAACGCUCUCGAAUCGUUUCGACAUAUUGGAGAUUGAGGUCCCACAAGAUGAUUGCAAUUCAGGAACACUGCCGUCGAGACAAGAUACAAGAGUCCCUAGAGACGGUCACUCAAAAGCUGAAUUGAAAGUUGAUCUGGAAGUCAACAAGGAAGACGAUGUCAAGUUCGUUGUCUUUUGCUUUUUCGAAGAUCUCCGUGAACUCCGAGAAUUCAUACAAGCGACAUGGAAAGACGCUAUGACGAACGGGCCCGACAUUUCCACUGCCUCAUUAAUAACCAAUGUUGCACUUGAUCAUGUUUCCAAGAGCGAGGAGAACAUUACCUCUCUAGUAGCAAAUGACGCUGAAUGCUUGGGUAACUAUUGGCAAGUCUUUCGCCACAUAGCUCCCAAAGAACAUUAUUCAUCGCCCGAAAACAGGGUAGGGAAUUGCGCGAAGGUUAGUAUGAGAGACACAAUUUACCUCUGCAUAUACCAUGCGCUUCGGAACUAUAUUUUGCAAUCCAGAGAAACACAGCCACGCCGGAUUGUUCCUUGGGUCAAACCCCUUGGAAUGGAAUUUCUAAAGUCUAUCGAUGACUUUGAGACCCUAGACGUAGAAAGCGAGGAGUGGUUGAUCAAAAUGUUACAUGAUCUUUGGCUUGACAGAUAUUACGAUAGCGCUGAGGAGGAAAUGACCCAUAUCAGACAGGCUGGUUGGUUUCAUAAGUCACGGCCCACUUUCUCCACUUAUCGUAUUGUGCAGAUUGAAGAUAGCAUCACACGCGCACUAAAGCUAGCCCUAGGCACAGGUUCGAUCGCUGUUACAUCUGUUUUUGCAGCACGAAUCAUGCUUGACAUUCACAAAAUCGUGGGAAAUGGUGCCAUCAAGCUUGACGAGAAUUUGCGCCAUCAGGCUGCAACCUUUCCCCGUAACCUUCAAGUGGUUUGCAAAACAGAACAUGAUUCGAUGGCUCCAGUCGCAGGAAUAGCUGAGCCGUGUUGUAACUUUGAUCGUAGAAAUCGUGAGUCGGGACUGGCCUGGGUUUCUCAGAAGACACGUCCUAGAAUGGCCAAUCUCAAGUCAGGAUUCAUGGGCUUGGAUCGGCCCAGUUCAAUGCCAAAAACCAAACACUUGACCAUCGACGAUCCUCGAUGCAUUCAGGUGUCCGAAGAUCCUGGGUUUUAUUAUAAAAAUCAUCCAUUGUGGAUUGGCCUAGAGUCCUUUCGGUUUGAGAUGCUCAGAAUGGACUACGGAAUGCAUUGGAUAAACUGCUCUGCAUCAACACCUUUAGCGGCCCAUAUCUACAACGCUGUACGACAAGCCUCAUUUCUAGAUUUUAAAUGGAGAUCCUGGACCGUUUCAUCGCCAUACAUCUUGGACAACUCUUUCGAGGAUCACUUCCGACGAAGAAAGAGGAGAUUGAGAACCGUCUUCUCAUCUUUCUGGGGGCACCAGCGAAAGCAUUUGCUAAGGACACCCGUGAAUUAA